CAUAAACAAAUAUUAUUUAGAUAGGUUAGGUUAUAUAAAUAUUAAUAUACUAACCGUAUAUUAAUAUUGUUUUUAAAUAACUGUUCAACUAAAACUCGAAAUCGAAAACAAAAUCGGAUUUAAAAUCGGAUUCAAAAUCGAAUACUAAAAUAAUCGAUUUUUUCACUUUCACAGAAUAGAUUAUUUUUCACAUCUCUAUUCUCUACUGUUCAUUGUUUAAAGUAUAAACGCAAUCGGCCAUUUCGAAUUUGGAUUUUGCCAGAACAGUGUGUGUUCACAGUAUUCAAGUGCAAAAUAUCAGUUAAAAGCCGUUACUUUUUAGAUUUUUUUAUUUUUGCUUGAAUAUUUCGUGUAAUGGCGUCUCAAACCCCAACCCACCCAGGAUGUGGUACUGAACCUGAACCUGAACCGUCUACUAGCACAACGCUUGGUAGACCUGCUUUUGAGGGCGACCAUCAUCUUAGAUUUGGUACUGAAUCUGAACCGUCAAGCACAACGCUUGGUAGACCGGCAUUUGAGGAUGAUGGGCCCUUGGAGGAUCGUCAUCUUUUUAAAGAUGAAGUUAUCAAAAUGUGGAAUUUGACUAAACUAAAUAAAACUUUAGGCAAUAAUGAGCAGUGUAUGGCAUUCGCUGAAGAACAUGGAUUAGUGCAUUCUCAAAAGCAAUGUGGAAGACAUCGUGUACCCAUGAAAAUAAUUAAAUCGACGAAUAAAACAUUUGGCACAUGGUCUUGUGCAAAAGGAAAUUGCAAAUCAAAAUCAAGAGUAUCUAGAAAUAAAGGAACAUUUUUCGAAAACAUUAAAUUAGACUUAGUACAUGUCUUCUAUUUACUAUAUGCAUAUUCACAAAAUUGGAGUUAUUAUACAACUAUUAAUGAAGAUCCAUAUAAAGAAGAUAGACAACAAUGCUUAAGUCGAGGCACUAUUAAUGAUUGGUUUAAUUAUUGUAGAGAAACCAUAGUUAUUUAUCAAAUGGACAAGAAUCAAUUUAAAGGAAAAAUUGGUGGCCCAGGGAAGAUUGUGCAGAUAGACGAAUCAAAAUUUGGGAAACGAAAAUACAACCGAGGACGACAUAUUGAGGGCCAUUGGGUCCUCGGUAUGAUUGAAGACAAUUCUGAAGAUCUGAGAUUGGAAGUGUGCUCAGAUAAUAUUCGCUCAGCGGAAGUAUUAGUUCCUCUAAUACAGAAACACGUCGAAGUUGGCACGACCAUCCACACUGACUUCUGGCGAGCAUACGAUUGCUUGUCUGAGCAUGGAUACCUUCAUAAGAAGGUCAACCACUCGAAUCCAGACAACCCCUUUGUGGCUGAAGAUGGAACACAUACUCAAAGAAUUGAGUCUCAAUGGAGAGCAGUUAAGAGAUUUUUUAAAAAAGAUAAUUAUAAUUUUUAUAGUACAGAAAAUUUCACUGAUCAUUUAUACGAAUACCUAUGGCGGCGAAACAAUAAGAAAUAUAAAAAAGAUCCCUUUGAGGAGCUACUUAUAGCAAUUAAAUAUAUUUAUAAAUUAAAAUAAUACUUUACUAUACUAUACUCUUAUUUUGCUAUAUUGCUUAUUAUGCUAUACUGCUUAUUUUGCUUACAUAUGUUAAUUUCUUUUUUCAUUUACUGCUGCUGAAGAGCUGCUGAAGUGGAUAGAAGCCUACUGGCUUCUACCACGACCCGGCUCUACAUGCACUAUGGAUUGGGCCCUGGUGGUUUUAGUGGGUAUGGGGUCAUCGCAUUUUACGACCUUGACCCCCACACUCCCCGCGCCAUUCACACACUUGCCCAGGCGUGGGGGCCCGUAAGUGGGUUUCCCCAGGUAAAAAAAAAAAAAAAAAAAAAAUUUUUUUUUUUUUGGUUUCCUAAGCCCAAAAUUUGUGGGGGGUGAUUACUACACCCCUCCCCCCCCCC